UGGAAGAGAAGUGGAAGCUCUCUCGCUCUCUCGCUCUCUCGCUCUCUCUCUCUCUCUCUCUCUCGCUCUCUCUGAUCUGAGCGUAAGAAGGUUUCUAUCUGAGUAAAUCUGCGACGACAAUGCCUUGAGGGAUGGUUUCUCUGCCGAUUUCCAGUGGAACUCGGUGAGAUUCCGGCGAUUGUCGAGUUAAGUUCUUGACCGUUUGGUUUUUUGAUUGUUUCCCGCGAUCGGUAUCCAAGGUGAAGGUUACGACGAGAAAGCCAAAACUUUUUUAUUGGUUUGAUUUUUUUCCGGUGGUGAUCUUGUGAUUUCUUGUUGACUUAAUUGGCGGAAGUUGUUUGUGAUUGCAGAGUUUUGAUUUGAGUUUAUUUGAUUUGUUUUAUUUUUUGGGAGUUAAUAGACUGGUUCUUCUGAAAAGAAUUGUCAUUUGGUUUUGGUUGUUUAUCGGUUUUAACCGAUACUUCAGUUGUCCGGCAGCCUGAAUCUGUGGUUUCUGGCGGGUUGUUAGAGAAUUUUGGCCUGACGACGGAGAGAUUUCCACCAGAAAAGGUGAAGAUUCGUUCAGAAUGUCAUCUUCAAAUGUGGAGACCUAUUCGGAUAAUCUUCUUUGGUUUAGCGGAAUGCGACAGUGAAGUGAAGCUCUUUUUUGAUUUUACUGAGAGCUUAACAUCUCUAUGAUCUAAUGGCGAAAGCUAGGUUUCUGGAUUCUGAGUCAAGGAAGCACGACAAUGUCCUGAUUAUGAGAUUCUACAGCCGAUAGAUCUGACAUUUAAUAUUUAUCUGCUUGAUUCGAUUUCUUCAGAUGGUUUUUAGGUAUUUCUUUGAUGAACUGAAGAGAAAUAAGGACGAAGUGAAGAGAAAUAAAGAUAUUCCAGAUUUACCAGCUAUGGUUGGUGCACAAGGAUGUGUUAUUCCACAGCUCCGUACUUCUUUCAAUUGUGGCUCUGAAUCUUUCCAGAUAAAUUGGUAUUUACUAGGUUGCAUGUUAUUGGCAAGAAAUAAAAACCUGACCAGUGAUGACAUACUUGACAAGGGAACUGACAUGCCUAGUUUGGAUCCUAUAAAGUUAAAGAAAAUGAAACACACAGUUACAGAACACUCAGGUGAUAAAACGGGCCGAGCUUCUGAUGACAGUUUCUUACCUGGCCUUAAUGAUGAUAUGGUACUAGAUAUUCUUGCUUGGACCAGCAGGGCUGAUUACCCAUCACUUGCAUGUGUGAAUAGAAAAUUUAAGUCAUUGGUUUCUAGUGGAUAUCUGUACAAACUGAGGAGGCAUUUGGGUGUCAUAGAGCAUUGGGUAUAUCUGGCAUGCAUUAGCAUGCCAUGGGAAGCUUUUGAUCCUGUAAGAUGCAAAUGGAUGAGGUUACCUGCAUUGCCAUGUGACGUUUGCUUUAGUUCUGCAGAUAAGGAAUCUCUUGCUGUGGGAACUCAGCUACUUGUCUUUGGUCAAGAGUUAACAGGAUUUGCAAUUUGGAAGUAUAGCUUGAUUACACAUGAAUGGUCUAGAUGUCCCCUGAUGAACCUAUCUCGCUGUUUGUUUGGUUCCAGCAGCCAUGGAGAAAUUGCUAUUAUUGCAGGGGGAAGUGAUAAGGAUGGAAAUGCUUUGAAGUCUGCUGAGUUUUAUAAUUCUGAGCUGGGUGUUUGGAAAAACUUGCCUGAUAUGAACUUACCACGUAAAAUGUGUUCAGGCUUCUUUAUGGAUGGAAAGUUCUAUGUCAUUGGGGGAGUGUCGGGCUCCGAGUCCUUAACUUGUGGUGAAGAGUAUAAUAUUGAGACAAGGACAUGGAGGAGGAUAAAUGACAUGUACCCUUGUCCCAAAAGACCUUUGCAGUGUCCUCCUCUGGUUGCUGUUGUCAAUAAUCAACUCUAUGCUGCUGAUCAAACAACAAAUGAGGUCAAGAAAUAUAACAAGAUGAAUAAUACAUGGAGUGUUGUGGGAAGGUUGCCUCUCAGGGCUGAUUCUAAUAAUGGCUGGGGUUUAGCAUUCAGGGGAUGCGGUGACAAGUUAUUGGUGGUAGGUGGACAACUAGGGUGUGGAUAUGUUGUGCUCCACUAUUGGUGUCCUGAGGAUGGCAACAAUGGAGAAACAGAGUGGAAGGUGCUUUCCGUCAGGGAGCGAUCAGGUGCUUUCGUGUGUAACUGUGCAGUGAUGAGUUGCUAAAGCUCAUUGCCAUGUUUAUUUUGGAUCUUAAUAUUCUGCUGGAGAAUGCCAGAUGCUUCAUCAAAUUGGAGAAGCAAUUAUGUUUUCAUGGUGUUCUCUAUUUAAUAACUUACAUUUAUUCUAAUACCCUUUAUUCGAUUUCCUGGAUAUCAGAUAAUCAGAAUAUAUCAUUUAAUAACAUGGAUUCUUCUUUUCUCA